CCUUGGUCUCCUCAUCUCUCGCAGGUUGGCGUCGCGUGCAGCUCUGGAAAUCUCCGUCCCCAAAUUCGCAGUGCAUACUGGAAGAUCAACUAGGCCCUGUUUCUCUGCUGAGAAAUAGUUAGUUUGUCUACUUGUCCACACGAAGCUUCCUGUUUUAGGGCUCGCUGGGGAAUCUAGUGGCUCUGAGAUGGUAAAACGCUCGCCGAUGACUCCAAGGGUUUGAGCUUCUUCAGACAGGAGAUCCGUUGGCUUUUCCAAGAUGAUUAAUUGGAACGACCAGGACCAGGGGCGUGUUUUCUGGACUUAAGAUAAUUAGGGCAGCCUUUUGGAUUUUUGGGGGAAGGUUGUGCCGUUCUACUUGUUCUUGAUAUUAGAGCUUUUCACGGAAGAGUUUGUUGAAAUAGAAUUUUACACGGGUUGUUGACACGUUAUGGGGUGAACAUAAAGAAAUAGAAGACCAUAUUGUUCCCCAACCAAAGGAACGUGAUGGAAAUAUUUUCUCAAAGUUUGAAAGGUGUAGCAAGAAGCAGAGAAGUGAAGAUGAUUGCAAUGCUAUAAGUUCUGCAAUGGAAACUUGCGGAACUAAAAAUAAUUUUCUCGUUUGCAAUGUGAAAACCAGCUCCAGCAGUAAUACAAGUCAAGAACUCAAUGAUGCAAGCAUUGACAUGGAUUCAUGGCCUGACUUGCCUAACUUAAGCAUGUCAUUUGGUGGAGGCUUCAAUGAUGAAAUCGUUCAAGAUUCUGUUGUAACUGGAUUGGUGAGUGACCUUGAUAAUACCUCUGAUCUUAAGUCUGUUGGGGGUUUUAUGGAAGAAUACAAUCAUUCUAGUGGACUGCUUCAUGACAAGGAUUCAUCAUCUUUAAGCAAAACAUCUAUUCUCUUAAAUGGCAAUGAGAUGCAGCUUAAUGGUGAGCCUGAGCUGUUUGGGCAUGAUGAGAAGGAAAAUGACAAAUUUAUGGACUAUGACUGGGCUGACAUUGAAGACUUUGGUGAUCUUGAUAAGAUGUUUAGAAGCAAUGAUUCAAUAUUUGGAAAUGAAAUGAUUGACAACACCGAUACCUUUCUCACUGCAUCUGCAGAGUUAAUUAGCUGCACUUCCCAGUCCAUUCCUGUGCCUGAUAUUCCAAUUGCCAGGGAACAAGCUUGGGAAGAAGGCUCUUCCUCUCAUCAUUUAGGUGAACAUUCAAAUGUAAAAGUGAAUCCUUCGCAGAAGGGGAAGGCGGAUAUGGAAAAUCAAACCCAGAGGACUAAAAAGAAUAAGGAAGAAAAAGGAAAAGGUGGAUCUUCUCAAGGCCUAAAUAAAUUCUUGUAUAAUGAAAACCAACAAAUAUCUAGUCCUAAACUGCAAGCUUCAGCCAUGAAUACUCUACCAACAUUCCAAUCUCAACUCCUGGAACAAGCAAACUCGUCUCAUCACAUCAUGCUCACCGAUUUCGGAUAUCCUGGAUAUCAGUUUCAUGGUAUGCCAUUGCCACCUCAAAUUCAUGCAGCAAGGAACCAGCAUAAGCCCGUCUCUGGUUCUUUCAAAGCUCAUCUAGAUUUCUCAAAGCACUCAAAACCAGUAGGGACUUCUUCUAAACCAUUGAUCAUGACCCCUCAAGAAAAGAUAGAAAAACUGAGACGGAGGCAGCAAAUGCAGGCCAUGCUUGCCAUUCAAAAGCAACGAGAGCAAUAUAAUCAUCAAAUCUCCGGCUCUGAUGAAGCUCCCUCUCUGGCUUGCUUGCAAAAUAACCAGAAUCACGGUGUGACCAGAAAUACUGGUGUUGUGGAAGAGCUUGCACAAAAGCUAUUAUCAUCAGAUGCUAGCAGUCUAGCAGAACAAGAUCAGUCUCAGAUGAUAUCUUCUUCCCUUGACGGUCACUCUGUCGAAGAAGCUAUAUAUUAUCAGCUUCAAGAUGCCAUGGGAAAGUUGGACAUGAAUGUUAGGCUCAGCAUACGUGAUAGCUUGUAUCGUCUAGCCAGAAGCGCCAUGGAAAGACAGAAUAUUAGUGACAGAAGCAGCACUAACAAGGGCAACAAGGAAGAAGAUGAAAUUUCUGCAGAUGAAGAAUCAAACAACCAGAACAGGUAUUCCAGGUUGAUAGACUCAGAGGCAGUUACUAAUCCUAUCGACCGGAUUGUAGCCCACCUUCUUUUUCACAAUCCUUCUGGGUCUUCUCUUAUGCCUAUUGCAGAUGCAGCCUCGCAACAUAAGUUGAAGGAAAGUCUAUGAAGAGGUGUGAGAAACAAACUACACAUUCAAAUAUGAACUGAGAAAAGUUUCCAUUGUUAUUUUCUAACAAUUUGAUUCCAUUUUCCUACGUUUUGAGGUCUGGUUUUCCUUCCCUGUCAAGAAGCCAUGUCGAGUUUACAAGCUCCAAGUUUCAAUAUUGUCUUGGUGGAGAUAUAUCUAUUCUACGUCUAUGCAUAGCCUGUGUAUAGUUUACUUGUAUGUGCAUUAUCUAAGGCCGUUUGAACAGUUUUGUGUUAAUUACCUCUGUAAGCUUAAAUAAACACCAAAUUGUAGCUUUUGAGGACAAAACCAUAAAACCUCAGUUGCUAAGAUACAAAAUUUUGGAAGUUUUGUUCCACUUAAGAUAUGAAAUUGUAUAUGGCUAUUUCACUUGAAGAAAACUGAAAGCACAAUGUCAGGAUGAUUUGGUGUUCUAAA